CAGCUACAUGUGAUCAUAAUGAUGGAGCAGUUCCAUUUCAUUCCUUGAAUGGGAAGAUUAGAAGAAAAGAAAACAAGAAAUGACUGGUUUUCUUACUGCCAUGUCUAAUACCAAUCGUUGUACAUAAACAACUAUUUGGUGACCUGUGAAAAGAGUUGGCCAUAAGACAAUUAGGGGGAAUUGAAAGUGCCAAAAUUGUAACUCGGUGGUGGUGAGGACAGUGAUUGUUUAGGAGGAGAAGGGAGCAUAUGUUGUGUGUACAGUUGUAUUAUUAUUCUGUUUCUGGGAACUUUUAUUUCUGUACACAGACAAAGAAAGAAAGAGAAGGAGAGGGAGAAAGAUUUGGGGGCAAUGGAGGCCUCCGUGCAAGAUUUCUUUCUUCGGUCCCUUCACCAAACCCUAGCUCGCCAUCAAUCGCUCUUCCAAGGCAUUUUCAUACUCUAAUUUGCCCCUCAUACAAUGGGCAUCAUAAAAAUAAGGCCACAAGGGCCUGGAAACAGUCAUCAUUUGCAACAAAGCUUUGUGCAUGAGGAGAAAUUGUUUUCAGAUAGGAUUUUCGGUGACGAUCAUGAUGAACAUGAAGCUGCUGAGGUGGGUUGUGAAUAUUUUAUGAUUGGAGGUCAGAUGUGCAGUAUCCCAUAUGAGCUUUAUGAUCUUCCUGAUUUGAACGGAAUACUCUCUUUGGAAACUUGGAAUUACCACUUAACCGAAGAUGAAAGGUUCUCUCUGGUAGCUUUUCUUCCGGAUAUGGACCAAGAAACAUUUUGGCUUACAAUACAUGAAUUGCUUACAGGUGAUAAUAUGUUCUUUGGAAGCCCGCUCGAGAAGUUUUAUAAUGGAUUGAUGGGAGGACUUUAUUCUCCACAAGUUACUCAUUUGAGAGAAGGCCUACAGUUCUUACAGAGAAGUGAGUACUAUCACACGUUAAGAUCAUAUCACAAGAAUAUGGCUCAGACAUUCAUGGAGAUGAAAAAGAUAUGGGGUAGAUGCCGAUCCAAUAUCAGUGUUGAAGAAAGGAUUCUUACUUGGAACAGCAGCAAGGGGCACAAACCUGUUUUCGUGGUCGAUUUGAAUGUGUUUCCAGAUGAAGAUACCUUAAAGAUGGUUGAAAGAAAUGAAAAAACAUUACCAUUCUCAAAGAAGGCCAAGUAUAUAAAUGAAAAUUGUGACCCAUCAUUUCCAUUAAAUGGUCUACUCUGCAACACUAAAAGGAAACCAAUGGGAGUUCUGAAGUUAAAGCCAUCUGUUUCGGGCUUAGUGCAAAAUCAGACCCUCCAACCAUUGCCCGAUAAACCAGGAGAACCAACCAAGCAGCUGCCUAAAGCUAAAGGUGUUCUGAAAAUAAAGCCCAAGUAUGAUUCUCUUAAUCCAAAAAAGCCAAGAACAGAAUCAGAACAAAUCUCUGCAAACAUUUGGGGUGUUCAUGCUCCUAGAGCCUCAGGUCCACAAUUUGUUUUUAAGAAGGAUGGGCUCGAUUUUACUGAGAAGUUGCCAAUUUUACAUCAGUUAGACAGAGAUGGAAUUGCUUAUGGAAAUCAAGAGGCGGUGCAAAAAAAAGAACUUCUUUACGCAGGUGCUGAAACAUUCAUGGAUUCUGAGAUAUUCCCAAGAAAGCUGAAGAUAAUUACAGAUGUGAGGCAAGAUGCUGUAGGGAAAUGCAAAGAACAGUUUCCCUUAAUAGCUAACCAGAAUUUAAGAAUUUUUCCUCGUGAAGCUGACCUGAUCGGGGAGUACCGCAAUGACAAAAAGAUCUUGAACAAUACAAACACCCAGCAAAAUAGAUCGAUUUAUGAAAGUUCUGCGGAUCCGAAGAUAGAAACUUUCCCACUUACAUUUGAAAAACACCGAGAAAAGAGGCUGAACGCUAUUUGCGAAGCAGGCUUAAGGACCGCAGAUAACUGUACUGACAAACAUGACAUUUUGACAAAACCUUCUGAUCAUUUGGAGGAUGGGAGUAAAGAUGAUGCAACAAAUGUGACACAUUCAGGAGCUGAAAAAUGUCUCCUAUCUCCUCCUAUAACAUACAAAAGGAAAAAACCAUACAGAAAGAUCAACCAAGUGGAUUCUCUUAAGCAGCAACCAGACAUAGUCAACUUUGAGCCAGCUGCUCCUAGUGGAAUAGUAAAACCAAAACCGAUGGCAAUUAAGAUUAAGUUCAGAGGCUUGACAGGUUACAAUACUUAAUGAAUAGCACCUGCUGCCGGAUUGGCCGCUACGUGACUAUUGAUCCAAUUAAUGCAACCUCAUGUACUGAAUGGGGACUUCUAUCAGGCAUUUUAGGAACUAAAUAUCAAUAGAUACUAUCGUAAAAGCCAUGGGCCCCUUGAAAGGAUAAUCCGCUUCUUGGCAGGCUUGUACUAUGAGAGGCAAGCAAGGAUCCACAUUGAUGGUUUGAACUUAACUUUUUGUAGGAAAUUGAACGGAACUUACAUAUUUUUAGAUGAUCGAGUUUAAAAAAUAAUAGUCCAGCAUAUCACAGACCACUAUUUGCAAGCUGUCCUUAUGUUUCUACCCUUUCUCAGGGUUGAUAUGAAUUUUGUUCUGUAUCCGACUUCCUCAAGUGGACAAUCAGGGAGAUCCUUUUUUUCUCCUUUUUCAGUGGUCAUUUUUCAUGUGCUGAUCCUGGUAAGAUCAUGGUCAGAUGCUGUAAAUCGAUGUAUUUUAACAUGAGCAAUCAAAUAGAUGUCCUUUACCAUAAGCAAUUGCUUACCUUUCAGAUGGUUCAUUGAUCUUAAUUCUAGGCAAUAUCUGUGUCAAGCUGAGACAAUUCCACAAGUAAUUCAAAUAUGUGGUACUUCCCUCUGCAGUGUUCUGCUAGCAAGCACCAGAUGUUGCACCUGUUAAGAUGGACCUAUUGCUUAUUGCAGAGGGAACAAAAGCAGAAAAAUUGGACCAAACUGGGAUGUCAGAAACUAGUUAUAAACUGGAGUAUUUUGCAUAUUCAUAUAGCUUUUUGUUUGUGGACUAAAGGCUAUUAGGUAUACAAAGCAACUAUUUCUCUUUUUCUGGGACUAAAUUGAUCAGAACUGCUGCCUUGUUCAAGUUAUCCAUGAACAAAAAAACAAGUAAGAAUAUUUUGCUAAUUUUUUUUUGUCUA